AUGGUGCUGGAUGCAUUUGCAUUCUACUUGGGCAACUUGCUCAGGCAGGUGGCAGCAGAAGAGCUGGGAAUGAUGUUGGGUGUCUCCGGCGAGAUUGACAAGAUGGGUGACAAGCUUCGGGACCUCAAAAACUUCCUCGCCGAUGCCGAUAGGAGGAACAUCACCGACGAGACUGUCCAAGAGUGGGUGGGGGAGCUUAAACGUGCCAUGUAUGAAGCUGCUGAUAUCAUCGACCUUUGCCAGCUCAAGGCCAUGGAGCAUGGAUCGUCCUCUGUAGAUGCAGGGUGUUUCAAUCCCUUGCUCUUCUGUAUGAGAAAUCCCUUUCAUGCUCACGAAAUCGGCACCCGCAUCAAGGCACUCAACCAGAGGCUUGACACCAUCAAGGAGCGGAGCGCUGCUUUCAACUUUAUCAAUCUUGGGUCCUACGAGCAUCAUAGCAGCAAUGUGAAUGCCUCUCGUCAUGGUGAUCCCAGCCGCGAGAUGUCAGGGGAGCUCGACCGGUCAGGUGUGGUUGGGGAUCAGAUCGAAGAAGAUACUAGAGCACUGGUGGCUCAGAUCAUGCAAACAAGUGAGGAGGUCAAUGGCAAAAUCAUGGUGGUUGCCAUUGUAGGUGUUGGUGGGAUUGGCAAGACAACCCUCGCUCAGAAGGUCUUCAAUGACGAGGCCAUCCAAGGCAGCCGUGUCCUCAUCACCACUAGAGAUGAAGGUGUUGCCCGAAGGAUGACAGCCACAUGGCCCUACCACCACGUCGAUGCAUUAGCACCCGACGAUGCUUGGUCAUUGCUCAAGAAGCAGGCUAGUUUUUAG